AUGUCUACAAACGGUGGGCACAAGAUGCUACCUCUGCAUUCCAUUUUGAACCCUGCCUUCUCUGGGCAGCCUAUGGUCGGUUUACGACGGUCUGAUCCUGUGUUGGCAUUACCAUCAACAACAUUACCGACGAAAGCACCACAAGCGACGACACUGGUAUCGCCACCUGCUCAAAAGGCAAAAUCACCAGGAAGCACCGACAGUAUGCCCAAGCCGAAACCACAGGGGCUGGUCAAUUUUGCCCCUUUUGAGGACGUCGAUCCAGCGUCGUAUCGAGAGGUUCGACGUUUCCAAGUCAGUCCGUUUGGACAGAUACAACAUAGUUACGACCACAUCCCUUACAGCAGCUCAAAGAAGGACUUUUUCGAAAAGACGGGAAGAGAGAGCAUCGAAGCUUUCAAAUAUGAGUUUUGUUACAACGGGGCUAGCUACACCGUCAUGUGGGACUAUAAUGUUGGUCUUGUUCGCAUGACUCCAUUCUUCAAAUGCUUGGGGUACGCAAAGACCAAGCCAUCGCAAAUGCUAGAUAGAAAUCCGGGACUGAGAGAUAUAUCGCCCAGCAUCACCGGAGGCGCCGUGUCAGCUCAAGGAUAUUGGAUGCCAUAUCCUUGCGCAAGAGCUAUAUGUGCGACCUUUUGCACCAGAAUAGCGGGUGCAUUGAUACCGCUCUUUGGCCCGUCGUUUCCUUCGCAGUGUACUCCUUCUGACUCGCCCUACUACAACGAGAUGGUGAUCAGCCAAAGGAUAAUUAUGGAAGCUACUGAGGAUGUCGCACGAUUUCGUUAUGGACAAAGAAAUCAAGUCAUGAAGACUGUCGGUGGAAUAAGUGGCCCUCUGGUACUUGGAGAGUCUCUUUUGCGCGGCAAACGGGAAAUCCAAGCAACGCCCUCGUUUAGACUACCGUCGCGCCCCCAACCAUCGCGUUUUCAACCCUUAUUCACCUCGAUUCCAGAGACUAGUUUCGACCAACAUCCUAUGGCAGUUUCGGCUCCGACUACAGCUUGCGAAGCCCGCGAGGUCAACCCAUUUUCUCGAGUGAGCCAGACCGCCAUUAAUCCAUCUGUUCUCGACCCUAAGCUGUUCCAACCACCGAGCUCUUUCUUCGAUGCGUCACCCCGAACGGAGACGAGCGAAUCUGAGAGACACCGAAUUGGGAAAUGGAGACCUAAGCGUCGUAGACGAGUCCAUGAUGAUGCUGGAACAGCAUAUUCUCCCAACCCACCUAUGGAAGCGUACGAGGAGAGACGACCACAGCAGGAGCUGGAGCACUUCAGAGCAGCCGCAGCACUGUUGAGUCUUCGUAGACAGCCUCAAGAUGCAGAAUAUUCCUCUGCGAUAGUCGUGGAGGCAUCGGAUGACGACUUUCCUGAGCGGCGUCACCAGAAGAAACGACCAAAGGCACACUCCUUUUAA